CUCGAGCCACCGCCAAUUGUAGUUCGAUCAAAUGAGGUGGAUUGGAAUACCAAUAUUAGCAGUGGUGGCCUGCAUUCUGGCCCCAAUUCAGAGCCAAGAUCUUACCGACGAUCAGAUAGAGGAAUAUAUUCGAGAGCACUUGCCUCCUCGCGAAUUAAUAUGUCCCCUUUUAGAUGAUAUUACGGAAUGGUGUUAUAGCGGAGACUCUCAGAAAAUAUCCAGCGAUUUUAUACAAUCUCGCGAUGAGGUGUGUCCUUAUGUCCCAAACCUCAAGCAAUGGUGCCUUCAACGUGAGAUUUUCCCUAAUCCAAUCAACUUCCACUGGUCUAGAGAUGAAACUGCUGUGGGUGACAGUGUACAAAUGGUCCUUAAGCUAAUAAAUCCAAUUUGUCCGUCGUAUAUUGUAAAACUGAAACGAUUUGGUCCUAUUCAACGGUAUUAGAAUAACACAAAAUUUUCGAUACGAAUUAAUGCUUAAGCAAACUGCAAACUGCUUUCAAUGUGCGGUAAAAUGUAUACGUAAAAAUGCCAAUCAAGCUUCAGUUUCGUUCUCAACCCAUUAAUUAGAACGAACAUUUACAUUGCAAUCAGUUCUGAACGUACGUGCUUAUAAUAAUUACGAUUACCAGAAUCGUACAGUUCUUUCCGUGGGCUGACCCAAAUAGAAAAUCGAAACAAAAUUUCUCCCAUUCGCCAAUAGUGCGAGAAGAGGAGAUACAGAAAAACAAAACAAACCGCCUGGACGUCCGAUGGCGGAAGAACUAUAAUUGCGGCCUACAAUGUACGAUCCAGUACGCUCUCUGGCCGUUCGGUUCGCAGCUUGGCAUGAGUUCUAAUUAUCAAGUGAAAUCUGGGUUGAACGCUUGAUUGAAAACGAGCGGACGUUGAAAGCUUCCCAUGCCGCGAGCUGUGGUGUGGAAGCCAAACACCAUCAGAUUCGGACGAUUUAUCAGCAGAAGUUCCUCGUAGAGAGUUCGAUAGAACUUCGGUUGAUGGCAGCGAGUGCUGUUGUAAAUCAGAAGAAAGCUUACAAGAGCCCUCCACUUUGGGAAAACAAUUCCGAACCAAACGGCUUCCAGAAGGUUUCUCUCCACUGAAAAUAACCUUACUGUUUGUGCUUAAUAGGCAGGUAAGCGAAAAAUCGUUCAAAAAUAGCAAUAUAUUUCAUAACAGAACGGUUCUUGCCGCUCUGGUAGCAGAUCAAUUUCGAGCCACGAGAUUGGUUGUGCUUUCCUAACCUUCAAGUGUACGAUAUUGUGCUAAUUUGUUUCGUGUUGUUUCACAACUCAAAAAAAGAAUAACAACCAAAUGUCCUGAACGUUCUCCAGAGGCAAAUCUGCUCGCCCGCGUGAUAAAGUGAGAACAAUUUGAAUUAGAAACGGGUUUUCGAGCGCGCGAAAUUUCGCGAGCGCACACCAUCUGCGGCGGGUGAUUAACCGUUUUGCCGUUCCACGUCUGAUGAUGUGCGAUCGUAUCGUUAUUUUCAUCUCCUUUUUCGCUUGGAACUCCGCUUAUGGAGCAACUCAGCGGCGGUGCAGCUUUUUCUCCAACGUCGAGACACGCGCCGUGCAAUCAGCUAGCAAACGAAAAACGUGUUGAUUUUCCUUCCAUAGGCAUUGUAGGUUUUUUGCGCACAGUCUCAUAUUUGAAGAAGCAACUGCUUGGCCUGUUUAAGUGCAGCGCAUGAAAACAAUGCAUGUGUGUGUGGGUUUUAAAGGGGCGGUGAAUCAAGACUGAAUGAAUAGAAAAAACAAUUCAAAUAACUAUGAGCGUACUGUUCCGUCCAUUGUCGUUACUUAUUACAUCACGAUUAGUGUUAUUACUGUUGGAGUAAUUGUUUGGAAAUCGAAUGCAUAACAUGCGCCGUUAGGGUCGCUUUAGUUUGAGGUAGAUAAUGAGACCUUAGACGACUUUCUUUCGGAAAUCAAGAGACAAUUAGUCAGCCGAGGGAACGCCGCCGGGGGCAAAGAUUUAACAUGCUGGGCAGUGAACGUACGGAUCACCGAUCAUGCAGAUCACCAAACGAUCGAUCGACUAAUGGCUUAAGUCCAUAGCCGCCGCGAAGUUGAUUGAAAUUCAAUUCGCACUAUGAUUGUCACUUUCGCUUACUUUUCUCGUUUCUCUGGUCAGUGUAACUUCCCGACCGAAACGUAUCGCGCAGUCCCCGGGUUAAUAGCUCCAACUCCAAUUUCUGAUGUAAGGGCUGUGCACGGAAGAUGGUCAGCAAUGUGAGUGGUUAGCUAAAGCUGCGGAUGGGCAGUCCGUAUGGUGCAACGAACGCGAAAAUCUGAGCUCGGACUGCACGGUGAGGUAAUCUUAAAUGAUAAUCGGUCAAAGUUCAUGCUUACGUUAGAAAAUCUAGUAAUAUUUUCUUUUCUUGGUAGAUCAGUUGACCAAAUUUUGCAACAUUCUAGCAUUAGUUAUUUUUCUUGAAUUGUUAGAUGUCAGCGAGCCGAAACAAAAAAUAACUGGAAAAAAUU